UAACGUAAUGGACGCACCUCCGCCACCAACGUGCCAGCACACCUCCCAUCCGGCGCACAAGCUUACGCUUGUGCAGAUCGGCGGCGCACAAUUCAAGUGCGACGGCUGCGCGCAGGGCGGCCGGGAUCCGAGGUACCGGUGCGAGCUAUGCGACUUCGACCUCCACAUACAGUGCGCCCUAGCGCCACCCGUCUUCCCGCACCCUAUGUUGGCGGGCCGGACAUUCACCCUCUGCUCGGGUAUGGGCAAAAGGUUCUGCAACGCUUGUGGCGACGCCGUGCUCGGCAUGGUGUACCAUGACGGCCAGGCCGACCUCGACCUCCACCCGUGCUGCGCUUUCCUCAAGGACUGCAUCGUCUACCUUGGACGCGUCUUCCAACUCCGCCAGGAGGUGGCCGCUACCUGCAUGCUGUGUGGCCAAAACGGGCCGCGCGGAAAGUUCUGGUCCUACGCCUUGCAUGCCAAUGGUGGCGUUGAGAACAUUCACAUCGCCUGCAUGCUAUAUGCUGAUCACAACCAGACCGGUGCCGCUGAACACUCCCGUUCUACUUCUAGUCAUCAGAUGACAGGUAAUCCUAUUCCUACCUCUGGUCAUCAGAUGACAGAUAAUCCUAUGCCUACCUCUGGUCAUCAGAUGACAGAUAAUCCUAUUCAUACCUCUGGUCAUCAGAUGACAGGUAAUCCUAUCAAUGGUCAUGAGAUGCCCGGUAAUCCUAUUCCUACCUCUAGUCAUCAGAUGAUAGGUAAUCCUAUUCCUACCUCUGGUCAUCAGAUGACAAGUAAUACUAUCAAUGGACAUCAGAUGCACGGUAAUCCUAUUCCUACCUCUGGUCAUCAGAUGACGGGUAAUCUAAUCAACGGUCAUCAGAUGCCCGGUAAUCCUAUUCCGACCUUUGGUCAUCAGAUGACAGGUAAUCCUACAUAUGGUUAUCAGAUGACAAGUAAUCCUAUCAAUGGCCAUCAGACGCCGGGUACUCCUAUUCCUACCUCUAGUCAUCAAAUGACAGGUAAUCCUAUCAAUGGUCAUCAGAUGCCAGGUAAUCCUAUUCCUACCUCUGGUCAUCAGAUGACAGAUGUGGAUUGGUGCUGCAUCGACAUCAAACCAAUUCGAGCAAGGAGGACCGUGCACAAGGGCAAGUGGACUGCACAGGCGAACGAGAAAGUUGUGCAGACGGACGAGAAGAGAACUUCCUCCUGCAAACGCAAGAAAUCACUCCAACACGAGGAAAUGACGUUCAACAGAUACAAAAUGCCGCGCAUAAUUGACAACCUAGGGAACAACAACUUUCAGAAGAGUAAAGCUUCUUCUGAAAGAGAUACUGGUUGGGUUACCCUUGAGAUUCCUCGAGGAUUCUUCGCGACAACAAACAGGGUGCACUACUCUCCGGAAGAGGAUUUUUUCCAGGGAGAAGAGGUAGUUGAGGAUGACGACGAUGUCACCUUCAUCUGGGAGGGCACUCACCGACAGGAGGAUGAAGAUGACGACGAUGAAGAUGAGCCAAUAACAGUUCUCAACCCAGAGUAUAAGCACGAGUUCACUACGUUUGGACAACAUGUCCGAACAGACAAUGAUGAUGCAGUUGAACACGAUGUUGCAGCAGAUGAUGAAUAUGAUUAUGACCAUGAUGAUGUGCCACCGCUCCAAAAUUUUCAAACCAAUCCACUAAGACAUCGUCACAACACUGGAUUACCACCACUUCCACCUACUGCACCCCAAAACAGAGCUCAGCGUCCACCUGCUGCACCAAAAAACAGAGCUCCAAGCAGAGCUACUGCAUCAACUUCGACAAAGCGACCACCAACGGUGCCUCAGUCAAAAGUCAACAGCAGGUACAAAUCCUCCUCACUAUUGCCGCCGCGAGAUCCUCAACUACACAGAUCUGCUAUAACCCCGCCAUGUCCAAUACAACCCGGCGAGCUGCAAACACCAUCGGGUGAAUGA